AUGAUAUUAUUCACAUUUUAUUUUAUCUCUGCUUAUGCUUAAAUCACGUCUGAUUCAGGCUUUUAUGCAGGCUUUACAUCCUCUUCAGAUUUUAUUUGCAAAGACGGAUUUUAAACAACCGCCACCUUAUCAUUUAAUGGAUAAUUUUCAAAUACUCCUUAAGUAUUUUUAGGUCUAGAAUUAUUGGAUUUUGAUAGAGGAAUAGAUUAUAGACUAUCUAUUACUGCAAUUACAACAUCAAGUAGAUUCAAUAAUAGUAAUUAUUUAGAUUUUGAUGUAUCAAUAAAUUGUAUUACUUCAAUUCAAGUAUUCGCAGUUUAGUUUUCGUGGUAUGCAAUAGAUGACUAGAGAAUUCAAGUAAUUAAUAAUUUCAAUAUGGAUAAUCCUGAUAUUCAAACAUUUAAUAACAUAAAUCCAAAUGCUAAUUAAGGAAUAAUAUCUAUAACGAGUCUAGGAAUUUAAGGAGAUAUAGAUUUUUCACUUUCAGUAUGAUCUUAUCUAAAAUCAAGAUUUCUUCCAUCACUCCAACUAAUGUCUAAGUAAGUAUUACAAAAGUAACUGGUAAAUUUGAAAACUUAAAGCAACUUGGAUAUUAAAUAAUUUUAGGAACAUAAGAAGCAUUUUUCGAAACUAAAACUAAUUCAUUUACUAAUCCAUUUAAUAGUGGAACAUUAAUAUAAUAAAUGAAUCGAUGGUUAUUUUUAAGUUUUACAGGGUUUAGUAUGAACAGUUUUCUAAAAGAAAAAGUCAUUAGAGUAUCUUUACCAUUAUCAUAUACACUGGAAACUUGUAAAUUCUUUAAUAAUAGAUUUAGUUGAUGUGCCAUUCGUUAAAUGUAAUCAUCUAAUAUCUUGGAUAGCCUAUCAAUUUACAACUAUUUACAAAGCUUUUGAAUGUUAAAGUGUAAGGUUAUCUUAAUCGAAUGAUAAUUAGGUUUCAACAAAACCUUCUAUUUAAAUUGAUAUAUAGGAACUCAAGAUUUAGUUGGUAUCAUCAUAUUAGCAAUUAAUAGAUAAAUAAAUGAAUUCAUUAAAUUUAAAUGUUUAUGUAAAAUGUUAAAAUACAAAAAAAAUUGUUAGUUAAUUCUUAAGAUGUUAAGAUUGUGCAAAGAAUAAAUAUCAUAAAUUUUCAAAUUAUUGUAAUUAAUAGAUUGAUAUUGUCACUUAUUUUCUAAGGUACUAGAGCGCUUAAUCUUUCUCUAAAGAAUUAUCUAUAAAUAUAAACUCAGAUGGAAUUACUAUAACAUAAGUACUCUAUAAUCAAGUCAAAACAAUAGAAAAAAUAUUAGAAAUUUAAAUAUAAAAUUAAUGA